AUGAGGAAUCCCGUCGCCUGUGUCUCGUGCCGGAGCGCGAAGCAGAAGUGCCUACACCAAAACGGCCCGCCGUGCGACCGCUGCAAGCAGACUGGCCGCGCUGCUCUUUGCGAAUUCCCAGCCCCAGGCACGAGCGCAAUCCAUCGCAAGCCAAAACGGCCCCGCCCAUCAGAGGAUGCACAAGAAGCAAAACGAGACUCGCUACCUUCAACAAGCUCACAGCAGCAUGCAGCCAAAGCUGCCGCCGUAGCGCCCCACGUGCCGAACGGCAGUGCCGCUACAGUGGCCCUCUCCCCGACUACGGCAUCGUCACUCCUCGACGGCCUAGAUCCAUUUGACCUGCUCACAGAUGAAGUAAAGAAUAGCUAUCUACGCUGCUCGUACAAAUGGAGCUUCCAUCACACUCCCACGCUCCUGUUGCGCAUUCGCGAUCGCACCCUAGAGCCAUGGAUGGUGUGGGCGAUGCUGGCGCUGGCGAUACGAUUCGUCAAAGACCCGCCAGCGCCCUUCACGACGCAGACCGAGGCUAGUAAUGCCUUCGCUGCCCAUGCACGCCAAAUCCUGCAGUCUGACCUUGAGACGCCCUCCAUUUCCCGCGUUCAGGCCCUUUUGAUGCUUACAGGGCACGAUUGGGGCGCUGGGAAUGGACGUCGCGCCUGGAUUUAUCUCGGCAUGGCGAUACGGCUGGUAGAGGUCAUGGACCUGACGCAGGAGCUCAAGGUGCCGAGGAACCGCAUGCCUACGCGCGAAGAGUUCAUCGACGCCGAAGUGCGCAGACGAACAGCAUGGACUUGCUUUCUAAUGGAUUCCCUGCUGAGCGGCGGUAAGGGGCGAAAAAGGUCCCUAGCUGCUGCCGACAUGGCCAUCCAGCUUCCCUGUGAGCGAGAGAGCUUCGUUUUUGGGGAGCCCAUAUGCACAGAGCAACUUGACCAGACGAUCCGCAUGCCAUCCGUAACACUCCCCGUUGGCGAGAUAGGCAUCAUUGGGUACAGUAUGCGUGCUGCCAAUAUCUGGGGCAAGGUUGCCCGGUGGGCAUGCUCCGAGGACCUCAAGACUGAACUCCCGUGGUCAUCUGCUUCACAAUUUCAGCAGCUCAUCCAUGAGCUCGAGGGGUGGAAGAACUCGCUGCCACAGCGGCUACAGUACGAUCUAUUCACCCUCCACAGUCACAACGCUGUCGAACAGGGCCAGGCGUACUGUUACAUGCAUUGCAUCCACUUCAUGUCCUGCAUGUUCCUGCAUCGCGCCUACUUACCUGUACUAGGACCACAGCAGAAUGGUUGUGGCGCGGAUGAGACACCAAACUCGUAUAACGAGCACAACGACAUGUGGAGGAAUUGGCAAAAGACGUCGCGCAAACAGUUGUUCCGGGAGUCGACUAUGGUCUUGGAGAUGCUUGAGGAGAUGCGCAAUUUUGGCGUCUACUUCCUCCGUGGACUAGUACCUUGGAUAGGGUUUACCAUAUAUACAGCAGUUGGCGUGAUGCUGUACUCGUUCAACUUUCCUAGUGGCGACGACGACCCGCGGUGGCGCGAGAAAACGCGAGAGUGCGUGCUUCAAGGGUGCAUUUUCUUGAAGGACAUGAAAACCCAGUGGCCAAUGGCUGAGACUUGGUUUGAGACUAUCAAGCGCAUGCAAGCAUACUAUCGCUCUGUCCUCGGCCAAGACAAGCCAGCCUCGCCAGAAGAACGACAGGCUCUUCGACGCGCCAUGAUCGAUUACGGUGCACUCCAGCCAUCGCCAGUCCAGAACCCUACAGACUCUUCAAAAUUACCAGACGCGACCAUUGUUCGGACGAGUAUGACUCCGUCUCAACAACCCGCUGAUCUCAAAACCCUUCCCAUCACCCUCCACAAUCAAAAUCAAAACCUCCUCAGUCCCCCUACAACCACACCAAUGCCCAACGAGUACUCCUCGACGUUCACCUGGAACACGCCACACGCGAUACCGCCACUAGAGGCCGACGAGACCUUUAACCUCGACUCAUUCGACCUAACGAACGCGGAGUUGGAGGAGAUGAUGAUGAAUGCUACACAGGAGUUUUGGGCAAGUUUUCCGGGUGAAGUGGGUGUUGGUUAUCAAUAA